AUGGGCGUUCCGAUGGCACACACCGGAGCCGCCCUGACAAAACGUUCUCAUGAAAGCGAAGCGGGCACGCCAACCGACCAUGACGACCCAGAGGGCCAAGUCGACACUGCGCUAGAGAAACCAUACCUGCGAAAGGUUGACGCCUGGCUCGUAGGUUUCUACUCACUGGUUUAUAUCUUUCGCGUGAUAGACUCUGCCAACUACUCCAACGCGGCAAUAAUAAACCUGGAAAAUGGCACCGGCAUCAAGAAGCAGCUCGGGCUUACACCCUCCCAGUGGAGCUGGACGCUGUCAAUUUUCUCAUACAGCUACAUGAUCUUCGAGCCGAGUAACACUAUCCUGCUCAAGACAUUCAAGCCUUCGGUCUGGAUGUUCGUCCUGAUCCUGCUAUGGGGCAUCUCGGCGUGCUCGUCGGCGGCCGCACAGGACUUUGCUGGGAUGAUGUGCGUGCGCUUCGCCAUCGGCGCCGCUGAAGCUGGCUUCUUUCCAGCUGUGUUAUAUCAUAUGGCGUUCUGGUACAAGCCGAGCGAACUACCUCAAAGGAUUGCCAUCUUCUAUUCUGUCGGCCAGCUAUCUAGCGCGCUAAGCGGCUUGCUGGCCUAUGCCAUCAGCUUCAUGGACGGUCUUGGUGGUCUUCCGGGCUGGCGAUGGCUCUUUAUCAUUGAGGGUUUACCUGCCAUCAUCUUGGCUUUCGUGGCAUUGUUCGGACUACCUGACUACCCCGAGACUUCCAAGUUGCUGACCGAGGCGGAGAGAGAAUAUGCAAGAACAAGAUUGGACAGGACAGCACCGACUGGGAAGAAAGGAAACUGGGAUUGGAGUUCACUGAAACGUUUGGUUCGAGAUCCGACUCUCUACACGUUCAGCCUAUUCUGGAUUUGUCACGGUAUUGGCGGGUUCGGUAUAGGGUAUGCUCUAGCCACUGUGGUCUAUGAGCUCGGAUUCACCACUACAGCCAAGUCGCAGCUGAUGAAUAUUGUGAAUCUCCUGGAAUCGGACACAUUACCUUUUGUAAAUGCUGACAUAUUCACAAGCCCCUUUACGUCUCGGCUUUCUUCUAUUUAA